UUUUUCAUUAAAAGAUUUUAUUUAAAUUAGAAAAAGUCUCAAAAUUGAUAAAAAAAAAAAAAGAAACGUUUUUAAAGACUGCUAGAUCGAUACUACUUGCAUUAGCUGUAAAUAAUAGGCAGUUGUUAAGGAAAAACAAUAAUGGGUAAUACACUGCAUGCUGGAAUCUUAUGCCCAAACUGUAAAUCAGAGAAAUUUUAUCCGUUGCGUCAAUCUAUAGAAGAAAUUACCAAUCACAUUAAAAAUUGCUAUAAAAUAAAAUGCCCACAUUGCUCUCAGGCAACUACUGGGUUUAUCACAGGAAAAGAAUUAGCAGAACACAUUCAGCGCCAUCACAACACUAAAGUUUUAUGCUGUCCAGUAUGCAACUUAUUAGUAAAAAACGAAGAGUUUCUGAUUGAACAUUUUUUAGAAGUUCAUCAAACUAAAAUAACCUGUCCAAUAUGUAGCAAAAAUAUGACAGACGAAACUGAUUUUAUUGAACAUUUGGAAGCUAGUCAUUCCAGAAUGUUUGAGAAAUGUAAUUCUGAUGAAAAUACUUUAAAUGAUAAAUUUGCAAGAAGGAAAAAAGAAAUAAUGGUUGGCGAUAGAGUACUUGUAUUGUCAGAAAAACUGAAGUGGGAAUACUUUCCUGCAAUUGUGAAAAGGUUAAAUGAAGAUUCUCUUACGUUUGAAAUAAAUGGGUGUGAUAACGAAUCUGAAAGAACGCUGGAUUAUUUUAAUCUGAUAGAAAAUAAAUCUCCUUCAGAAACAGAGAUUGGCAUAGGUAGCUCAAUUUUGUUUGCUCAAGGAGUAUAUCAAGAUUCAAAAACUGGAAUUGAAGUUCAAAGAUGGCAUGAAGGAUCUAUAACAAAUAUUUGCACUUUUGUUGACGGUAGCAAAAGUUACGAAGGUCAUCAUACAAAAUCAGAAAAAGAUGGCAAGUGCAUAAAUUAUUCGGAAUAUUCUCCAUUAUUUACAAAUUUAUCUAUUAAUGAACUUCGCAUAAGACAAAAUGUGUUUGAAAUGAUAGACAGAGAUAAUUCACAUAUUACUGAAAAUGAAAUUUUUAAAAAUGAAAUAGCUUUAACGGAUAUUUUCUUUUCAUAUAAUAUUAUUGAUAGCUAUACUGCUUAUAAAAAUGGAGAAUUAGAAAACUUAAUCAUACCUGACACAUAUAUUACAAAUUACACAAACAUGUGCGAUCCUUAUGAAAUAAAGUCAAUCCUGAUUCAAGCAGGUUACAAUGUAAUUGAUUACUCGGGUGUCAAAAAAGUUGACUUUAGAAACGUGUCAAGCUCAAUUCAAAAAUCUAAGGUAUUCAUAGCAUGUAUCAGUGAUGCAUAUGUUAAGGACGAAAGUUGUAAAAUGCAGUUUGAAUUUGCAAAAACCAAAUUACAUAAGCCAGUGGUUCCACUUGUUGUUGGUGAUGGUUCAUUUUCAUGGGUUAUGAGUGUAAUUGGAAUGCUAAUAGCUGGAGAAUUGUUUAUUCAUUUUAGAGAAAAAGCCACACAAAACGAAAAAUGCAAUGAGCUGUUAACAACUCUGAGUAAUUUGAUUAAAGCAAACAAAAAUCUUGAGAAAAAUAUUGACGAGCCUAUUGACGUUUUUAUUUCCUAUUGCUGGAAGAAUUCUUAUAAAGCCGAGGAAAUAAAACAAAUAGAACAAUCAAAUGGAAGUAAAUUUGCUGACCCCCGUUUGCUUAAAGAUAUGAUAAAACAACUAGGUUAUAAAGUUUGGAUUGACAUUGAACAACUUUCGUCCGCAAAUGCUGAUUCAGGUCUUUUUGGUCAAAUAACGGAUGGCAUAAAAUCGGCGAAGGUAGUCAUUCCAUGCAUAAGCGAUGAUUACUCUAAAAGUGCAAAUUGCAGAAUGGAAUUUCAGUUUGCUUUAAAGUCUCUUAAUAAAACUAUUAUUCCAGUUGUUGUUGGAAAAGGAAAUGAUUGGAAACUAUCAGUUGUGGGGGCUUUAUUGAGUUCGUAUGAUAGUCAAUUAAUUAAUAUGCAAGAUGUUUACGAUCAUAACAAGUUAAACAAAGUUUUUAAAAAAAUCAAAUCUGAACUGAGGCAUAAGAUUUCUCAAAAGUCAUCUUAUGAUAUGAUGAAAUAUUUGUCACCUAUUUCAUUAAAACGAGAAAUUUUUAACACUUUUUGGAAAAAAUCUAACGUCUCAAGAACUCCAAAAGUUGGUGACCGCGUUAUUUGUCAUCAUGUUAAAUGGGCAUAUUGUAUGGCAAAAGUUGUAAACUACAAUAAUUUAACUAUGAAAUACACAGUAGAUUGGGAAGAUGGGGAUUUUAAAAGAAGUGAAGUGUUGUUUAACGAAGUAGCUUUAGAUGUUGCACCUGAAAUUACAGACAUUGGCGUAGGAUCAACUGUUAUUUUUCCUCAAGGAUUUUACACUAAAGGUAAUGUUAUUGGAGUUAAUAGAUAUCAUGAAGGUGAAAUAACAUCAGUAAAUGUAAUAGGAAACACGGUGUACUUAAGCGGUCAUCAUUCUAAGGGUGAAGAUAAUGGCAAAUGGAUAAACUAUGAUGAGUAUAACUACAACUUUAAUGAUAUGCCCUUAACGUGCAUUCGACUACCUCCAACUGCAUUAGAAACAAUAUAUGUUGGAGCAUUGAAAGUUAUUAAUAAUUCUAUUUAAAAUAAAUGAUUUAUUUAUAUAAUACUAGAAAAUUUUAUAAUUGUAAAUAUAAAAAUAUAAUAGAUAAAUAUAUUUUA